ACGUGAUAGACGGAGGGUCACGAUUUCCGGCUUGUACCAGUGCUGUGUUUUACGAUAUCUUGGAAGAAAACUGGGGAAAAUUGACCACAUUUUACCAUUUUGGGCGAACAUUGACACAUUUUCCUCCGAUGGUUGGACAACCGAGGCCUCCAUAAAUGUCUCAUGGUGAGAACAUCGCCUCUCAGGUGAGCCAGUUGUCUGCCGAGGUGGAGCCCUUCGUGCCGUCGGCGCUCGCUCUCCCGACCUCUGACCCCAGCGGGGGCGCCCAGCCGCACGUUCUGCCCAGAUAUGUCACGUCCUGUUACCCCUUCGUACAGCCUCCAGAGGUGACAACUGAGGGUUACGUUCAAGAGGUCCGUUGGCCAAGUUCUGUACCCAACCCCCAGUACAACCCCUACCCACCCCUCUCACCACAACCCCCCCUCCCACACUACUACCCCCCUCACAAUACCCCACCACCACCAGGACCGUUUCUACCUCACCCCUCUCCUUACCCCCCUCCCCUGUAUGCAGGGUACCCCCCUCCCCCUCAUCUGUACCCACCCCCCUAUGGGACCAGGUCUCCAACACAACAGGUCACAAAACAGAAGACUCGAAGAAGAAGUGGCUCACGGUCAGUUCAAACUAAGAGCAUUGCUGUCCAGAAAGAGGCGUCCAGUAACAGCCCUGUCCACAACAGACAUAGAACUAUCAUCCUAGUGGAUGCUAGUCAGCAAACAGAUUUCCCAGACGAUAUUGCAGACAAGUCCUUACGAGACAAGCCCAGUCCGCUGCUGAGAAAGUCCAAAGCGCGCCGGCUGGCAAGUCGCAGACCACAGGACCCGUCGUCAACGGACUCAGAAGAAGACGAGGGCGGAAUCGACAGCGACUCUGGCUACAGUAGUCCCAAACACGGGAGGAACCAGAGCGCGAACAGUAGUACAUCAGAGGCCGCCACCGGGACUUGUUUUGUUCAACAGCCUGGUGCCCCACUAGAUUAUGCUGGCUACAUCCCACCGCACUACUACCAAGCCUACGGAUUCGCCCACCCUCAUAACACUCACGUAGGGCUGACGCACCCCCCACCACCCCCGGGAACCAUGAUCCGACAGGAAACAGCCAGCCCCAGGGGGAGGGGAAGGGGGAGGGGGGUCUGGGGACAGGCACCGCCCCCACCCCCUGGUGAAACGAAAGGAAAGUGGAGACAGAGAAAGAGAUCACCAAAGAACAGUGGAGGCAGGGAAAGAGAGGAGCACCCAGAGUUAGAUGGUUCGACCCUGCCGUCCUCUACGCCCCGUUCGGUUGCCAGUAGCGACGCAGAGUCUCUACAGUUCCAUGAUGAGAUGGAGUUUCCCAGCCUGGGGGCACCGCAGCAGUCUUCAACCCAGAACCCACCGGCACCCAUGUCAUACAGCGCUAUACUACAGACUGCUGCUCAGCCUAAGCAGUUGCCUGGUCCCCAGGAACCACUGAACCCAGCUACUGUAGUCUCUACUCCUGUGGAAGUGAAGAAAGAGGGGAAAAAUGCCCGGAAGAAGAGGAAAAAGGCUCUUCUCGCUGCCAAGGCUGCUGCAGAGGAAUAUUCAGAGAUCACUCAGGAACAGUCCAAACUUCAGGAGAUUCAGAAGAAGGCGUCCGGGAAGAAGAGUAAGCAACCGAUGCAGCUGGACCUGGGCGACAUGCUGGCGGCGCUGGAGAAGAGACAGCAGGAGCUGAAGCUUAAGACAGCUGCUGCUCCCGCCAAGACAGCUGCUGUCUCCACUGGAACAGUACCUGUGCAAGUUGCUACAACAGACAAUAAACAGUGGAGUGGUAAGAAGGAGGCUUCCCAUGUAAGUAUGCCUCACAACCCUCUGGACUCCCACGCUCCGUUAGUCAAGAGAGGCAAGGAGAGAGAGACUCCACACAAGAAGAAACCAAGUGCCUUAAAGAAGGUUAUCCUGAAGGAGCGUGAGGAUAAGAAGAUGCAGAAGUUGAUGGAGGACCAGGCUCACUCAGACGCGGAGACUGGCGAGGUCCCGUCCAGCACCGCGUGUUACAUCCCCUUCUCCAUGGAGGACUCCGACGGCGGGACGUCCCAGGAGGGUGAGAACGCCACAAAUUCCCCCCUUUCCGCCAAAUUCGAUCAAAUCACGCAGGACGGUAACGCGGCAGCGACAACAGACACGCUUAAACCAAUAGAACUCACAAAAUCCUCCGGGAAUACUGCAAUGGAGGAUUUCCAUGAUGAUGAUGAUGAUGAUGAUGAUUGGGAAAAAGAGCCCAAAACAAUGUCUGCACCUGAACCAAAGGAAGAGGAGUAUUAUGGGGCCUUGUCACAAGAUGACCACAGUUUCCGUGGAUCCAUGAGCCUGAGCGCAACAGGAAGUGAACUUUCACCCCUGAGCCAGGCGAUGUCACCAAUCAACUUCAGCCCUCUGUCGUCUGCAUCUCCGCUUUCCUCCGGCACGGGAAGCCCGCUGUGUGCGCCCUCGCCCAUCGGACCCAAAAUCCACAGCCGCCGUUUUCGCGAAUACUGUAACCAAGUCCUGGACAAGGAGAUCGACGCUACUGUCACCAUGCUGCUGCAAGAUUUGGUCCGCUUUCAGGACAGGCAGUACCAUAAGGACCCUAUCAAGGCCAAGGCCAAGAGACGUAUUGUCAUGGGAUUACGUGAGGUCACGAAGCACCUGAAACUGAGGAAGCUCAAAUGCAUCAUAAUUGCUCCAAACCUGGAGAAAAUACAGUCCAAAGGUGGUCUUGAUGAUGCUAUAGAGACCAUCCUGAACUUGUGUAUGGAACAGGACGUACCAUUUGUGUUUGCCCUGGGGAGGAAAGCCCUGGGCAGAGCUGUGAACAAACUGGUACCAGUCAGUGUGGUGGGAGUCUUCAACUAUGAUGGUGCAGAGGAACAUUUUAAGACGAUGGUGGAGCUGACCACGCAGGCACGUAAUGCCUACAUCGACAUGGUCACCAUCUACAGACAGGAGUGGGAGCAAAUGCAGGCGAUGAGGAAUAGCGGCCAGCCAAUUUACCCCGCUCAUCUCGGUCACUCUCGUAACCCGUCCGCCGCCUCUGCCGUCUCCUUCAGCAGCGUUCUGUCCGAGACAAUCUCUGAGUGUCACCCCGAGCAUGAUGGGGACAUCGAGGGGCCAAAGAUCAAAGUUGAAGAGGCAAGGGUCACAGAGGAGGUAAAAGUCAAAGGUCAAGUGGAGAGCCCCAAACAGGAGGUCAUGAAAGCAGAGCCUACAAAGGAACACAGUGAAAGUGAGAAUAACAUGGAAAGUGAGAGUUACUCUGACAGGGGGGACGUGGAAUCGGAGUCGUCAGAAGGCCCGGGUUCGGAGUCGCGUCGUUCGGAGCUCACAGAGUUCCCGCCGGCGUAUGACGACGUCCUGACCAGCUCGGCCGCCACGACGGUGGUGAACGGAGCGGAGAGCGAGGUGACGGAUGUGGUUGAAGAAGACGGGGAUGACGUGUUGAACACGUCGUGUAGCUCGUCCAAACUCCGCGUGCUCGACACGGGAAGGAUUGAGAGCUGGGUCGUCGAGGCAACCCAGUGUGUGGAGAAAUUAGAUCUUGAUCAACACGCUGAGGAGAAAACAGACCCUGAUCAGAAGAAAGAAUCUACAAGAGUAGAGAUCAAAGUAACUACAGAUCAGGACGCUUCAAAAGAACUCGGGGCAGAUUCUAAGCCAGAUGUCGACACCAGACCGGGAAGUAAGGUCACCCCUACAAAGCAGAUGGACUCUUCCACAGCAGACGAGCAGAACACAGCAAACUGUGACCUUAGCGAGCUGAAACGGAAUGUGCAACUUCAUCCCGAGGGGGGAGAGGUUUCAGAGGAAAGGGACACGAUAGCGAGCACGGACGAGGAUACGAGAGCGGGGCAAACUGGCGCGUUAAGAGAACCCACGGAGGAAACCGGCAAUUCCGACGGAACUGUUCCCAUGGAAAUAAACGCCAGAUAGCGGGAAUAUCAAAAUCAUUGUAAAAAAAAUGAAGGAAAGUUACAAUAUGGUGACGUUGUUACAAUUUGUAGAAUAUUUUCACUCCACAGUUUGAGAAUGGCAAAGCCAGUACUUUAUUUUUUCUAGCUCACUUUAUUUUGUUUUUGAUUUGUUAUAAAAUGAGGAGCUAUGUAAGUCUAUAGAGCAAGGACUUUUCACUCAAUAUGGCAUAAACACUAUAUAAAUUGUGGAAUACUGUACUUUAACUGUAGUAUUGUAGUUGGUCUGUUCAAUAGAAUCUCAUGCCUACUAUGAUGGCAAUAUAAAAUAGAUCAUUUUGCAAUGGCCCUAGGCACAACUGAAAUCAGGUUUGGUGAAAAUUUGAUUGUAUGAAAAAAAUGUGAAUGCAGAAAUGUUUUUUUUUUCUUUAAUACAGGGCAUAGGAAAUACUUGAUGUUGAAAACCUCUUUGACAAAUGAUAUUCCUUGCUUGAAACUCAUGUUGCUUGUUUCCUUAGUUUUGCACAUGUUCAUAUUUUUGUCUGGUCACACAUGUAUCUGCCACCCUGAAGAAAUGUGUCUAUAUAUAGAGAUCUCAAAUACAACAUCCCCCAGUAUAACACACCUCUGUAUAAUAGUUUGUAUACUUGGUGGAUGCUGCACUGGAGAUCUUUCAAACAGACUCUUUCAAUGUGGCAGCUGCAUGUAUAUGUACAUGUAUAUAACCUGGUGGUUAAAUGUUAAACAUUUUUGCUGUCUACACCUUUGUUACAGUUUGAUCAUGCACUACCCUACCACGCGUGGCUUUCAACAUAAAAAAUCUGCAAAAUAGUACAACUAAUGUAAAUACGGUAUGCAGCAAAUAGGAAACAAAGAAUGGAAAAUAUUCCUCAAGCCUCGCCCAGUCAAAUGACCUGAGAUCAAGUUUUGCUAACUAAAGGCUUUGCAUAUGUUGCUUUCCUAACUAAAUGAUAGUGAAGAAAGUUUAAGAACUAUUUACUUGAAUAGGGAGACGAAGAAAAAAUUAUGCUGGAAGCUAAAUGAAAGAGAUCUGAAAAUUCAGAAAUCUUUUUUUCACCUAUCAUAUUUCUAAUGGAAUAACCCGAAAUCAUGUACAUGCACUGUAGUGAUGUUACCCUCGCCUGGUGGAAGAAACCAUUUUGGAAUCAUGGGGAGGAGAAAUUUGAAGAUGAAAAAUGGUGGUUAUGAUUUCAGGCUGUACAAUUUUUGUAAUUCAAGUUGUUCAAAAUUGUUUUCCAUCGUGUGCUUAGGGAUUCAAAACAGUUUGAAUAGGUUAGUGUGUUGUCCCCACUAAGCUCUAUGUAUUUGCUGCUUUGCUUGUCCAACUUUUGUGGUGGUUUUAUUUUUGGGCUCAUAGAUAUGCAUUUGCAACAUAUUACUACAGUAAAACAGGUUUCAACCGUGAAUUGAAAAUUCAUCGAAAAUAACCUUUUUCCUACUACAGUGAAAUAAAACCACCGCAAAAGUAAAUGAAUUCACAGUUUAGUAGAAUGCUACCCUCAUAUAGAAACAUAUCCUCGAAGAAUGAAUCUUGUUGUAUUAGAAGCACUGCUAUCCAGAACAAUAAAAUGUACCCAGACUUUUCAGUAAGUUACAUGAAGAGAAUCAAGUUGCACAAUUUCUUGUUCAACAUUUUUAUAUUUCACUUCCUAAACCAUAGGAAAGGAAAUAUAUUGUUUUUAUGUCAUUUUGUUCCUCAGCAGUUUGUAACAUAAGACUAUAGAAAGCGAUAUGUAUAGAUAGAGUUUUUUUGUCUUCUUUAUAAGUGUGUGUGUUUCUCUAGAUGUAUAAAGAAUAAUUACAUUUUUUCUGUUUAAAUCCACCCUAUGUCCAUUAAAAUUGCAAAGUGUAAUACAUUCUUAUCAUAUGAGAACAAAAAAAGUAUCUGGCAAAAUUAUUCAAAUUUGUGAAACUCAGGCACUAAUAGAGUAUCAUACAUUUUUUUUAUUUUACAAAACAUGAACACAGGGUUGUAUGUAUUUUUUCAUCCACCUAUAAUACACUACAGGAA